AUGAUUGAACGCAGCAGGGGUGGCGCCAAACCAGUCAGCAGAGUCGUGCUGCGUGUGCAGCACCACAUGCGCUCACACUGGAGCAGCAGUAUGCUCCUGCUGCACAACAGGUGCAGGCAUGCAGCAACAGAACCAUGGCAGCCGGCAAAACGGAGCAAAGCUCGAUGCAAGCCUUGGCCUCCGUAGCACACUUCGAUGAAUCCAACGACCCAAAUUCAAUUUAA